AUGGGAUACCAAAUGUUAUCUAUUCAUGUUAUGGUACAAAAUUAUUCUUUACCAAUAAUAUUUGUAUUAAUGGAAGCAAAAACCAGAAACGCAUACGACACCGUUUUCCAUUAUAUUGAAAAUAAACUUUUACCAAAUAUAUCACCAUCUACAAUUGUUACCGAUUAUGAAACAGCAUUGAGAGAUGUGCUCCAGUCAUAUUUUCCAGGAGUACGAACCUCAGGUUGUUGGUUCCACCAUAAUCAGGCUGUUUUCAAAAAUAUUAAGAGUAGUGGAUAUUAUAGGCUUAUAAAAACUAAUGAAAACGCAUUAAAAAGUCUAAAACUUUUAUUCGGAUUACCAUUUCUACCAGCUCAAGAUAUCGAGAGAGGUUUUAGAUUAAUAAAAAUGUUUGCGAUUAACCACGGUUUAAGCUCUAAGGCCGUGUUCUCACCAAAAGCAACUGAUGACGGCAACGCGAUAGAGAUUCAAGUCUAG